GGAUGCUACCAAAACUGCCUCCCACCUAAUGUGGGAUACAGGCCGGACUGUGGUGGUCGACUGGCUGAACGCCAGGUGAGUGGUGCCUAAGGAGGAAAGAUGGAAAGGCAAUAUGCAAGUACCAUUGAUUCUGAACUCAUGAUGUUUGUUUUCUAGAAGAACUUCUGGCCAGUAAAGGAUUCAGUCAACAGUGGCGCUCAUAGUUACCUCGGAGCCAUGAAUGGAACGGGAGUGUUUCAAGUCGCCACGCCAUCGCCCCGUCCCGAGACGUCUCCACCAAGGAACCACGUGGACCCGAGCGAGCCUACAAAGCACAAUGUCCCCUAUAUCCGAAGGCCACCCAACGCCUUCAUGAUUUUUAUGAGGGAGAACAGGGAACAUGUCACAGCCACAUUCAACCCAAAACACAGUGUUGAAGCCAACAGCAUCCUGGGACAUAUGUGGAAGUCCAUGACGUCGGAGCAGCAGCACAGGUAUUACCUGCUGGCCGCAGAAGAGAGGCGGAAACAUGAAGAGCGCCACCCCAAUUGGUCCAGCAAAGACAAUUAUGGAAGGAAAGUCAAAAGAAAAAGGACCAAAGCGAAGGCGGCCUAAGCUGUGGAAGGCGCCACCCCAACUUUACACAUUCCACACUCCCUUGUAAAUAACUGUAAUAAAGUUUAAUUGUUGCUGAUCGUCAUGUGGUCUAUCUGAAAU